AAUGAUAUAUUAAUAUGUUCGCCUGGAGGAAAGCCAACGUUUUAAAAUCAAUGUGUGUUAAUUUAAUAGAAGACGAAGCAGCACGUACGUUAGCGCCGUGUGUUAACGGUUGCUUUUAGCCGUUGGUCUCACUUGAGAACAAACAUUUGAAAAAAAAUAAAUAAAUAGCAGACAUGAUACAUUUUUAUAAUAACAGGUAACUAAAACAUAAAGUUUUGAUUUGCGCAAUGUGGUGGCUUAUGCGUCUGAACCACGGAACAAAGUAUCUUCAGUAUCUAAGGGGAAGGAAAACGGUGACGGAACACCACUGGACACAUUUCCGCCAAUAACAAACCUGCUAGCGGCUAACGGCUAACGGCUACAUGUAUUGUUUAUGCUCGUCGUUGCAAGUUUGUAAACUAUGAGGUGAUGAUCCAUCGAAAGUGGGACAAACAGAACACACACAGCGUCGUCUAACACAAAUGCCACAAUGGAUCAGUGCACAGUGCAGAUGUGCAAAACGAAGAUGUUCUCUGUGUCUCACAAGACCGUCUUCGUGGUGGACCACUGUCCCUACAUGGCGGAGUCAAGUCGCCAGCAGGUGGAGUGUGACGUGCUGACAAAGAGUCGAGCUCAAGGGGUUAUUCCUUUGGCCCCUGUGUCCAAGUCCCUGUGGACCUGUGCUGUGGAGUGCUCCAUGGAGUACUGUCGGAUCCUCUACGAUAUUUAUCCAAGGGACAAACUGGUUAAUUACAUUGUGAGUGAUUCAGAGUUCCACAUCUUGAACAGCUGGAGGCAGGAAGACCAGAGUACUCAUGAGCUAAUGUCAGCUCUGGCAGCUGUUGGGCCACCCAACCCACGCGAGGAUCCAGAGUGUUGCAGCAUCCUGCAUGGGCUGGUUGCUGCGGUGGAGUCGUUAUGCAAGAUCACAGAGUUGCAGCACGAGAGGCGCACCUCUCUGAUGGACACGGCUGAGAGAGUUGCCAAUAGGGGGCGUAUUAUCUGCCUAACCAAUGCUAAAAGUGAUACUCAUGUUCGCAUGUUGGAAGACUGCAUCCAGGAAACCAUUUUAGAACAAAACAAGCUGGCAGCCGGCUCAGACAGGCUGAUGGCAAUCCAGCAGUGUGACCUUGUUCUAGUUCACAUCCACCCACAGGGCGAGGACACGCUGGUAUCCGACCGCCCGAAGAAGGAGAUCUCCCCUCUGCUCACCAGCGAGGUUCACAGUGUUCGUGCAGGGCGGCACUUAGCCACCAAACUCAACAUUCUGGUCCAGCAGCACUUUGACUUUGCCUCCACCACCAUAACAAACAUCCCCAUGAAGCCCACAUUAAAUGUUUGCGACCAGGAAGAGCAGCAUGCCAACACAUCAGCCAAUUAUGACGUUGAGCUCCUGCAUCACAGAGACGCUCACCUGGAGUUCUUUAAAAGCGGAGACUUGCAUAUGGCUGGCACCAGCACUCGGGAAAAUGGACUCAAAGAGACGAUUACGCUGAAAUGGUGCACUCCACGAACCAACAGCAUAGAACUGCAUUACUGCACGGGAGCCUAUCGCAUCUCCCCCACAGACGUCAACAGUCGUCCCUCCUCAUGCCUGACAAACUUUCUCCUUAACGGUCGAUCAGUGCUGCUGGAGCAGCCGAGGAAGUCGGGUUCGAAGGUCAUCAGCCACAUGCUCAGCAGCCAUGGCGGCGAGAUCUUCCUGCAUGUGCUCAACAGCAACCGCUCCACCCUGGAGGACCCGCCCUCCAUCAGCGAGGGCUGCGGAGGUCGAGUGACAGACUACCGCAUCACCGACUUUGGUGAAUUUAUGAGGGAGAACCGGCUCACUCCUGUGUCAGAGUCUUCCCAUGAUCCCUCGGGGAAGCUACCAGUUGAGAGGGCCAAGGCACAGCUGGAACGUCACACUCGAUACUGGCCGAUGAUCAUCUCCCAGACCACCAUCUUCAACAUGCAGGCAGUGGUCCCUUUAGCUAACCUGAUAGUGAAAGAGACUUUGUCUGAGGAGGACGUUCUGACCUGCCAGAAGACAGUUUACAACCUGGUGGACAUGGAAAGGAAGAAUGACCCUCUACCGAUUUCCACCGUGGGAUCCAGAGGCAAAGGCCCCAAGAGAGAUGAGCAGUAUCGCAUCAUGUGGAACGAGUUGGAAACAUUAGUAAAAACUCACUCCGGAGACACAGACAGACACCAGCGGGUACUAGACUGCAUCAUCGCCUGCCGCAGCAAACCUCCCGAGGAGGAGGAGAGGAAGAAAAGAGGGAGAAAGAGGGAGGAUAGGGAAGACAGGACGGAGAAAAACGGCAGCAAGGACACAGACGACAAAAGCUGGCAGGACUCUGAGAGACUAAAGGGUUUGCUGGAUAAAGAAGAUCAGGAGUCGGAGGUGAUCAAGGAUUCCCCGGACUCUCCAGAGCCGCUCAUCAAGAAGCCACGCUUGUCCACAGAGGAAGUUCAGCCUCCAGAGAGAGCAAAAGGUCCUGUGUCCCUCCUCACAAUGUGGACCAACCGCAUCACUGUAGCCAAUUCCAGGAAACACCAAGAGUUUGUUGGAAGAGUGAGCUCCGUGAACAACAAGUUCGAGUUGUACCAGCAGCUCAAAGACGAGAACGGGAUGGAUGUUCAUGAAAACGGCAAGGCCUCCAGAUGAUGUUUCCAUGGAUCCAUUGCUUCACCCCUGCCAAGGAUGAGAUUGUGGACCACAGUGUUUUUAAGACUUGGGUGUCACGUAAUACUCUCAAAACAAAGACAUUUUACAAUUUUUUUUACCCAUGAUUUUGUAGAUACGCUGUUCACAUAUUGUGUAACGCAAUAAAAGCUGUUAAUAGAGAA